AUGCACUUCACAACAGCAGCGCUUGCUGCAGCCGGCCUCGCGGCCCACCAGGCCCUCGCCUCGGGUGCUGACGGCGGUAGCUAUGGCGGCGGAUGGGGAAGCGAUGAAUCCUUCUCAACGCCAGACAACACAGACAACUCAUGCACGCCCGCCCAGGCAAGCGGAUACGACUGGUCCAACCUCUCUCCCGGUCCAUUCGACGACUACGGCGACAACUCGUUCAGUGGCUGGUCUUGCUCCAACUCCUUCAGCAAGAGGGAUCUCCUGAGCUCAUUCCAAUCGAAAUGCAUCACUGCUCCUCUCGCCGACAACCCGUCCAUUGGAUGCCACGGGGAUCAGACCAUGUCCCUCGACAAGUUCCAGGUCUCUUCGGACAAGGACACCGACAUCGAGUGCCACUACGAGAUGCCCGACGGAUCGACUUGCCAGGAGACUCACUCGUGCAGUGCUGAAGGUACCACUAUUCAGGUAGGUGCACUUGCCAUCUCCACGUCGUACUCCUGCUCACACCUUCCCAGAAUUCGCAAUGCGGUGGUGCCAAGUCUGUCACUUUCAAGCCUGCCGGCGGACAGAGCUCCGACUGCAACAUCGGCGUCCACAGCAUUGGCUUCAACUGCGGCCCAGCGUCCAGCGCGCCACCUUCAUACUCUUCUACUGCACCGCCGUCGUACUCGACCCCUAUCUUCGAGUCCUCGCCUGCUGAGACUACGACCUCAUCCAUCCCAGUGUAUACCUCCAGCUCGGAGUCGGCCCCAGCAUACUCCAGCCCAUCUGUGUCAGCCUACAACGUUCCAGGUCCGAGCUACUCAGCACCAAGCUCUUCGGUGUCUUCGCCAGUCACCGCGCCAGGUCCGAUCUACUCUGGUCCCAAGUUCAAUUAUAGCGCUCCUAUUGGGACUGGCACUGCUCCUGCGAUUCCAGUUUUUAGCGCGCCCAGCUCCUCCAGCGUUGCGCCAGUCGAGACAUCUCUCUCCCCUGCUUCUUCUGGCCCAAGCACAGAGUCUCCUCCUGCUUACACGCCGCCCGCCCCGAGCUACUCUGUCCCAAAGGCCAACUACAGCGCUCCCAUUGGUACUGGCACUGCUCCUCUAAUUCCAGUUACCACCGCACCCAGCACCUUCAGCUACUCUGCACCAGGCUCUCCGGGGCCUUCGCCAGUUACCGCGCCAGUGCCUAGCUUCUCUAGUCCCAAGUUCAACUACAGCGCUCCUAUUGGGACUGGCACUGCUCCUUUGUACGGUGGCUCAAGCAACGUCCCAUCUUACACCGCUCCGGCUUCCGGCGGCGGCCCAAUUUACUCUGCUUCUGCGUCUAGCGGUGUUCUCUCUUAUUCUGCUCCUGCAUCCACCGGCGCUCCUUUGUACCCUGCUCCUGGCUCCACCGGUGUUUCUUCCUACUCGGUUCCUGAAUCUAGCAGCGCUCCGGUCUCCUUCCCUGGCUCGAGCAGCGUUCUAGCGUAUGGCAGUUCUAGCUCGGGCGUAGAGGUCCCCGCUCUCACCAGCACCACCACAUCGUUCACCACUCGCACCAUCUACGAAACCACUGUGGAGACCAUCACCUCGUGCGGACCCUCCGUCACCAAUUGUCCAGCAUCCGUCUCGGCUGGAAGUCCCGCGGUCAUCACAAAGACGAUUGCCGUGUCGACCACGGUCUGCCCAGUCACCGCUGCUGAAGGCACUGCGGCGCCAAGCAGUCCCGUCGAGAGCAGCCCACCAGAGAGUGUUCCAUCAGAGAGCAGCCCACCAGCGAUUAGCCCUGCGCAGGGCGGCCCUGCCCCGCCUGGCGGCGCACCUCAGUCUCCCAGUGUGUUGCCCAAGUGCUUGAGCUCUUGGAUGUACUUGACUCACUGCAAGGACAACUCUGACUACGACUGCUUCUGCAAGAGUGAGGAGUUGAUGACCAAGGUGUACGGCUGUAUCAGCUCCUGGUCUGGUUCCGACGAACACACCAAGGGCGCCACCUCCUACCUCAUGGGGCUUUGCGCUCCUUAUGUGCCUCAGAACCCAGCCAUUGUCACGGCAUGUCCACCGAGCGUAACUCCAGCUGUCACCUUCUCCUUCGCCGUGGCAACCACCGUCACGGCGCCACCAGCGCCCCCGGCCAGCUACGCUCCCCCAUCUGGCAGCAGCUCGGUUGCACCGGUCCAGUCCUCCCCAGAGUCCCCGGCCGGCUACGCUCCUCCACCUGGUAGCAGCUCAGUUGCUCCAGGCCAGUCCUCCCCAGCGUCCCCGGCUGGGUACGCUCCUCCAGCCGGUAGCAGCUCAGUUGCACCAGUCGAGUCCUCUCCAGUCCCAACUGUACCAGCUGAAGUCCCCUGCACAACAAUUACCUACUCCCAGGUCGCAACCUACCCAGCAAUCUACUCGUCAGGCGAAUCUAUGGGCGCUCCCAUCCCUUCGAGCAGCAUCACCAGCCAAAUCGUCACCACCGUCAUAGUUCCACAAGUCCAAAUCUCCACUUACACCGUCAGUUCUGGUGGCUCGACGACGGUGCAACCAGCUCUUGGCUACGGCGCUCCUCCCCCCGUCGCUGCAACUUCAGCUGCUGUACCGACUGCUCCAGCUCCUGCUCCAGCGUACUCGAAUGGUGCGUCUUCCGGGCCAGAAGCCUACCCAACAACCUCCGUCCCAGCGGCUGUACCGACUGCCCCAGCUCCAGCUCCAGCUCCAGCUCCAGCGUACUCAAAUGGUGCCGUCUCCGGGCCAGAGGUCGCUCCCUACCCGGGAACCUCCAUCCCAGCGGCUGCACCGACUCCUCCUGCUCCAGCUCCAGCGUACUCAAAUGGCGCCGUCUCCGGGCCAGAAGUCGCUCCCUACUCAGCCUCCGUCCCAGCGCCCGUCGGUCCAAGUGGUAGCCAAGAAACACCCGGUUCCUCUUGCGCAGCGCCCGUCGGCCCCAUCGCUGGCCAAGGGACAGUCGCUCCCUACCCAACCACUUCUGGCGCUCCGGUUGUCGGCCCCAUCGCUGGCCAAGGAACUGCCGCUCCCUACCCAACUGCCCCCAGCUCAGCGCUCGCGGGCGCCAUCGCCGGCCAAGGAACAGUCGCUCCCUACCCCACCGCCCCCGGCUCACCGGUCGUCGGCCCUAUCGGUGGCCAAGGAACAGCCGCCCCCUCCGGUUUCGGAACAAGCGCCGUCGUCCCUUCAUACCAGCCACCCGGACCCUCUAUCACUCCCUACACCGGCUCUGCUGUCAAGCUCUCUGGCGGGAGCCUCACCAUGGCAUGUGCGCUCCUCGCAGCCAUCUUCCUUCUCUAA